GAGGCGGCGAUUCAAGGACUAGCUGUGCUGCAUUGCGGCGAGUGUGCCGCUUGCUCGACGAUGCAGGAUUUGCUCGUGCUCAACUCGACCAGAGAGUUCGCAACUCUGGUUGUGACACGCUGUGCCACGGCCUACGCCAAGCCGAAGUGGGCUGGCGGCCACCGCAAUGUAGAGCAGCUACGCAAGUGCAUGCGUGAGGCGGGUGUGGGCUUCAGCGAGGAACCUGCUGCUGCGUGGGCGAAGCCCGCUAACAAGCCGUCUUGUAUGGACUGCUGGACAGAUAACGUCGCGUGCGACGCCGUGGCCUGCGUCUCCAACUUUGACUGCAUCCGCCGGUUCUUUUACCCGGCAGGCACCAGCUUCUCCGGCUGCAUCAAGUGCGACGAGGUUAAUUGUGGCGCAGACUUCAUCCGCUGCGCCGGGGCCAACCGCCGCUCAAGCGGUGUCAGCUCUGACAUUGCGCGGCCGAGCCAGCAGGUUUGCCCCGUCGGCUAUUGGUCGGUGCCGCCGCCACCGCCGCCGCCGCUUCGCGAGUAGCAGAGGCCAGAGCGGUGCACUAGUGGGACGGUGGGGUGCGCCAGUGAUUUUAUUGUCUGCGUACUUUAUCUACAUCUGAUACAUCC